AUAACGAAAAGAUCAAAUUUGUCCGUUUUAGAUAAUUCAUAUUUUGCUUUUUGGUUUUUAAACCAAAAAAUUUUACAAAAGUUUCAAGCAAUAUUGUUUUAUUUUUUGAGAUCAGAUCAAUCAAAUUAAAAAAAAAUUGAAACAUUCAUACUAACUGAUUUUUUAAUAGUUUACUCAACACCAAUGUUGAUGGUAGAAUUAAAAUCAUGUACGCCUUAACCACCAUUCGUGGUGUUGGUCGUCGUUACUCCAACUUGGUUUGUAAAAAAGCUGAUAUUGAUUUAUCCAAAAGAGCUGGUGAAUUAACUCAAGAAGAAUUAGAAAGAAUUAUUACUAUUAUGCAAAACCCAACUCAAUAUAAAAUUCCAUCAUGGUUCUUAAAUAGACAACGUGAUUUCACUACCGGCAAAGAUUCUCAUUCCUUAGCUAAUCAAUUGGAAUCAAAAUUACGUGAUGAUUUAGAAAGAUUAAAAAAAAUUAGAGCCCACAGAGGUAUUCGUCACUACUUUGGAUUAAAAGUUAGAGGUCAACAUACUAAAACAACUGGUCGUCGUGGUAAAACCGUCGGUGUCUCCGGUAAAAAGAAAUAAAUUAGUUAGUGUAAUUAUUAAAUUCUAUUUCAAUCUUUACUAUAAUUUUUAUUGUUUUGCUUUUUAAUAAAGUAAUUUCAUUUAACUAAUAUUGUAUUAAA